AUGCCCUACAUGCACACCAGUAGCAUAUCCCCUACACCCAUACUGCCCAACACGUCAACCAGUCAACACGUACCACGAAAAACCAAAUCAUCACUCCCAUCCCUCUUCUACGAUACCACCUCAUCUCUACCUUUAAUCCUCCAUCUCAACCUCCAACCACCACAUACCACGACCAACUCCAAAAUGUCCACUAUCCUCCUGAUCCUCUACCUCUACACAAUCACCACCCUCCUCAAUCCAGGAUGGGCCCAAACCAACCAGUACUCCCCUUCUCACCCCCACCUUAAUCAACCCCAAAUCACACUGACAAUGAAACACCAGAAAAACACCCCAAAACCUCUGCUCAACCCCCGGUACCCACUACUGCCUGCACGGCUCCCUCCAAAGCCCGGAAAUGCUCUCCUGUGUCUCACGCACCAAAGCCGAGCUUCGCUCUUGCAAUAUCGAGUACGUUUCUUGCCAGUCUACAUCCAGGCAUUUCUGGAGAGGGAAGCACUAAUUCAUCUACAGAUUGGCGCUGGUAAUGGGGGAAUAGGCUAUGAAUCCUCGCUUGCGGCUGGAGAUGCUAUUUGUGCGUUCAAUGGGACGGGGUAUACGCGGAUGAGGGGUACUGUUGAGGUUCCGGGGGCGAGGAUUUGUGACGUUGAGAGUGGUUCGAUUGAUGGCCUGGAAAGGGUGGAUAUUGUUUCUUUGGAGAAGGGGGUGGGUUCGAUGAUGGGCUCCAGUCAAAGUUAUGGAUUGGAGUCCGGCUCAAGUCAUGCGGUUACAUCCUCUUUGAGUGCAGUUUGGGGAUCUUUCCAGCCAGUGACUGUGUCUGUAGCUGGUGAGAUGGGUGAGCCGGUGCAGAGGAAAAGAGAACUGUGGUUCUGUUUUGAUCGUGGGAGGUCAAGGUCCAUGGAUCCUGGGGAUAGGGUUGUGGUUACGGUGUUUGGUUCGGGGUCCAGUUGGAUGUCCUCGGUGGUCAGGUCUCAGGAGACUACUAUGGAUAGUGAAGGGGUGGUUGUGUCUAGGCUGGGGCUUGGGAUGGGGAUGGGUUCCACUCGGGCUCUUAGUAGCACCUAUGUCUCGACUUCGACUGGAAGUUUGGCCGCUUUAAAUGGCACUUCGACGGUUGGGUUUCCUGUCGCGACGGGGUCUGUGGGUGGGUGUGGGGCCUUGGUGGUGGAAGGGACCUGGGUGGGAUUCUUUUGA